CCGAACAAAUUCAGUAAGCAAACGGCAGUCGUUACUCAACAUACGUCAAAAAUUUAAACGACAACAAAUACAUACUAAACUAAAAGAACAACAUCUUUUAAAAAUUAUAUUUAUUUAUUUUUUAAUUUAUAAAUAAUUUAUUUAUACUGAGUCAAGUUUUAUAAUAAAUUUAUUUUUUGUUUUUUCGUUUUAUUUUUAAUUUUUAUUAUUUUUUUUUUUAAAUUAAUUUUAUCAAGUUGUUUUUUUUUUUUUUUUGGUAAAUACUCCAAAAAUCAUCAAGUUAUAAGUUUGUGAAAUUAAAAAAAAAAAAAAAAACAUUUUUAAAUAAACAAAUAAGGACAAUUGUUAGUUUAAAAAAAAAAAAAAAACUUUUGGAUUUUUUAUUAUCAAAGUGGCUUUUAACAUUCAAACUGGAGUCGAACAAGAAAUUUGUGUCGCGAUUACAUCGCGGCUACAGGAGAAUUAAAAAACUUUUCAAGCGAGUAGUUACUCCAAGACUCAUUGCAUCGUCACAACCAAAAACAACAACGGUUGAAAUACCGGUAACAAGAAUGACACCACCAACAACAAAUGAUGACGUUGUUGUACAAACACAAAAUAAUAUUGUUAAAUGUACAACAACAACAACAACUUCACCACCAUCAUCAACAACAACUACAUCAACAACAACAUCAUCAUCAACUCCAACAACAAAAACAGAUGAAACAAUAAUUGUUAAACGUUCACCCAAAGAUUUUAUAUUUGGAAAAGUCAUUGGAGAGGGUAGUUUUUCAACUGUUUAUUUGGCAAAAGACAUUCAUAGUAAUCAAGAAUUAGCAAUAAAAGUAUGUGAAAAACGUCUUAUUUUAAAAGAACGUAAAUCAGAAUAUAUAAAACGUGAAAAAGAAGUAUUAAAUAUGUUACAUAACACUGAACAUUCAUUUGUACAUUUAUAUUGUACAUUUCAAGAUUAUGAACGUCUUUAUUUUGUUUUAACAUAUGCUAAAAAUGGUGAAUUAUUACCAUACAUUAAUAAAGUUGGUUCAUUUGAUAUUGAAUGUACAAAAUUUUAUUCAGCUGAAAUAUUACGUGGUUUAGAAUAUCUUCAUGGUCUUGGUGUAAUACAUCGUGAUUUAAAACCAGAAAAUAUAUUACUUGAUGAUAAAAUGCAUAUAUUAAUAACUGAUUUCGGUUCAGCUAAAAUAUUAAAAGACACUGAUAAUGAUGAUGAUGAUGAUGAUAAUAAUAAUAAUAAUAAUCAAACUGAUGAUAAUGAUAAUAAUAAAAAAAAUGAUCCAUAUAAAAGAGCAAGACGUUAUUCAUUUGUUGGUACAGCCCAAUAUGUAUCACCAGAAAUUUUAACAAAUAAAAAAGUAACACGUGCUGCUGAUUUAUGGGCACUUGGUUGUAUUAUUUAUCAAAUGGUAUCUGGUUUACCACCAUUUAGAUCACGUAGUGAAUAUUUAAUAUUUCAAAAAAUUCUUAAAUUAGAUUAUGAAAUACCAGAUGGUUUUUGUGACAUUGCAAAAUCAUUGGUAUCAAAAUUAAUUGUCAUAACACCGAGUGAACGUCUUGGUGCAACUGAUGAACAUGGUUCUGGCUAUCAAAGUAUACGUAAACAUGAAUUUUUUAAUGACGUUAAUUUUGAAACAUUACAUAAACAAACACCACCACCAAUAUAUCCAUAUUUACCUGGUACAUCUGAGAAUGAAGAGUUAAGAUCACAUUAUCGUGUACCAAGUAAUCUUGAGCCUGGUCUUGAUGAUAAACAACUUACAAGAUUAUUAGGUCUUGGUAUUGGUGAUGAUGAACAACAACAACAACAACAACAAAUUAUUGUUGAAAUACCAAAACCAAUUAAAAUCAUUGAAAAACCAAGAAAAAUAAGUACAAGUAUCAAAGACAUGUCUCAUGAAGAUAUACAAAAAAAAUUAGAUGAACAAAAAAUAAAAAAUCCAUGGCAUUCAUUUGUUGAUAAUAAUUUAAUAUUAAAACAAGGCAUCAUUGACAAAAGAAAAGGCUAUUUUAAAAGAAGAAGAAUGUUAUUAUUAACAACUGGACCACAUUUGUAUUAUGUUGAUCCAGUUAAUAUGGUAUUAAAAGGUGAAAUACCAUGGAGUCCAGCAUUGAGAGUUGAAUCAAAAAAUUUUAAAAUAUUUUUUGUUCAUACACCAAAUCGUACAUAUUAUCUUGAAGAUCCAGAAGGUUUUGCACUUGAAUGGGUGCGUGUUAUUGAAGAAGUCAGAGUUGAUUGUUAUGGCCUUCAAGAAAAAACGACUGGUUAAAAAAUUUUAAUUAUUCAAAAUAAAUAAAUAUACAGCGCCAAGACCCAAAAAAAAAAAAACGACAACAACAACAACAUCAACAUUAAUCAUGUUUUUUUUUUUUAAAUCUGCUAUCAAGGUAAAAGUUUUUUUUUAAAAAAAAAAAAACCAAUUUGUAAACUCCUCCUAUUUUAUUGUUCGACUUGUAUAAAUUUAUUAGUCCAAUUUACGAAUAAUAAAAUAAACAAAGAGUCGAGAUAUAAAAAUAAUUUAAAAAAACAACAAAUUAGGUAAUAAUUAAAUUAGCAUAAAUUCAUUAAUUGGGUCUUGGUAAAUUCUAGUUAAUAAAAAAUAAUAAAAAUGUAUAUAAAAAUCAUUAGCUAAAAUUUAGUCAAAUUAACAUUUUUUUUUUGUUUUUUUUUUUUAUUCCAAAAAGGUAAAAAAAAUAUAUAAAUCAAGCUUUGAUUUAUAAAUUUAAUUAUAGUUAAUUAUUCUUUAAUUAUUUAUUAUACUCGUGUUAUUAUUUAACAUUCGUAAUGGUCAAUGCAAUUAGUAUUAUUUCCACUUGCAAAAAAAAAAAUUAUUGCAAAUUUGUGGAUACCUUAAUUAUACUGCCUCAACUAAAAAAAAUAAUAGUAUAAAAUUGAUGAUAAAAAAAAGUAAAUGACAAAAACAAUUGCGAUAUUAUUUUUCAUUUAAAAAGAAAAUAAAAAAAAAAAAUAAUGACAAAAAUCGAGCUGAUGCCAGUGUGUAUUCAUAAUUAAAAAAAAAAAAAAAAAAGUUUUAUAUCCACUAGUUUAUUGUGGUAAAGUGUAUUUAAUAGUCAUGAAUGUUAGUUAAAUAAUUGUUGUGUGAUGCGUUUUGUGUUAUUGGCUCGAUUGAUGAAUUAAUAUAUUUAAAAAUAAAAAAACGUUAUGUCUUGAUGCUUUAUAAAAUUAAAAAAAGACUUAAACAGGGUAUACAUAAGUUGAUAAAAUAAAAAAAAUUCCAGAAUGUUUUAAAUUUGAUAAUAAAUUAUAAAUAAUUGCUCGAAAUAAUCGUGGGACUAUUAUUUGGUCUUAGGAUUGUCCUCGGUGCUCAGUGAUUCAUUUAAAAUGACCGCUUUUGAUGGAUCACGAAAAGUGCGGGCGGGCAAACUGACUCAAUUAUCAAUUAAUUAACAAUCUGGAAUUAUAAUUUUUUUUUUUUUUUAACUAUAUAUUUAUACAUAUUUAAUAAUAUUAUUUAUUUAUUUAUUUAUAUAGUUUUAAUAAUAGAAUAAAUGUCCAAGGCAUAACGUUUUUUUUUUUUUCUCUUUACAAGACUUUGCUUGUUCUACGUGUCGUAGGACAUUUGCCAACUUUUGAAAUAAUAGUCAAUUUGUUUUUUUUUUUUUUUCGUUAAAAUAUUAAUCGCAAAUUGUUUUGUCUUUAUUAUUUUUUUUUUCUUUUGUCUAGCCAAGUUGAACGAAUUAAUAUACUGUAAAAUGUUGGCCAAAUUAUAGAAAAAUAAUUCAAAUUUGUUUGUGUGUAAUUUUUAAUGUCGAUUGAUGAUUAUGGUG